AUGACGACUCUCGGCGGCUCGACCAAGGCCGACUCGACCGUCCAGUCGGAACCGGCCUCAGUGACUCCAACAACCGAAUCGACCUCUUCUUCAGCGGUCCCAACGACGAGCACCACCACCAGUGAACAUACGACUAGCACAACUAGCACCCCGUCGACAUCUUCCACUUCCACCUCUACCACUUCCUCGACUACUUCGGUGCCGACUACCACGUCUACUACGUCGUCCAGGACCUCCUCCACGACUACUCCCACUCCUACGUCUACGUCUUCUACGUCCUCGACUACGUCGACUGCCGAGUCUACAACCUCCUCUUCAACGGUCGUGGUUGUGACGCAAACGCAAACGGAUUCCUCGACCACGAGCACCGGAUCUUCUACUAUCGCCUCGCCGACCUCAACUAAUUCCGUUGCUCUAGCCACCUCAACUGCGGGCGCCAGCAGUGGCCUCUCCUCUGGCGGCAAGAUUGCCGUUGCCGUUGUUGUCCCCGUCGCUUCUGUCGCUUUGAUCAUUCUGCUCGCGCUCUGGUUCUGGCGCAAGCGCAAGGCGAACAAGGCUGCCGAGGAAGAGCGCCGUAAAGAAGUUGAGGAAUAUGGCUUCAACCCGAACAACGAUCCCACUCUGCCUGGCAUGAUGGCUGCCGGUAGUGUCGCCCCCAAGGACGACGUGUCCGGAUACCGUGGCUGGGGUACCACCUCUGCCGGUCGCAAAGCCUCUACCAAUCUGUCUAGCGGCAUGGGCAUGGCCAUGUCCGAAGGAAGCGGUGCCUACCACCACGCCGCAACCCCCAGCGAAGGUACUGUGCAGUACUCGGAAGGUACUCAUCCUGACUCGGGCGAGGUUGAGCCCGUUGGCGUGCUGGGUGCCGUUCCCGUUGCGGCCAACACCCGCAAUGGCGACAUCCACCGUGGACCCUCCAAUGCUUCUUCGGCGUACUCGGCUGCCAACCAGUCUGAGGCUUCGGAAGAGAGUCACAUGUCGGCGGGCCACCCGGCGACCGGCUACUACGGGGAUAAUCCCUAUUAUGGUGAGAUGAACAACCACGGUGCUUAUGGUGGUGAGGACUACCAGCCUGUCAUCCGCGAUGUCCAAGCGCGCCGUAACACGCGCAUCGAGAAUCCCGCGGUCUACCCGCGGUCCGGCAACGCUGGCAUUGCUCAGAAUUUCUAG